GUCUUGCCUUGCCCAGAGUCAGCUGCUCUCAGAGGGGAAUAAAAGCUGUAUUUGGCUCGCAGGUCAUCGAUAAUAUUCGCGUAAAAGACAAGACGGGGGCAACAUUCACAGUGCCCAAGUCUGAAAGCUUGUGUGGGGUCAAAAUGGCCAGGCACAACAACCAGAGCCUCAUUUUCAUCAGCACAUACGACAGCUGCUAUGCUCAACUGAAGGACAACAAAAUGGUCAUCCCACUGCAAGUGCAGCUGAGAGGAGAUGAUCGACUGUUCAAUGUCAACAUCAGCUGCCCUCUGACAAGGAGACCCAAGGGGAGUCCCCCACUCCCACCAAAAAAAUUCCAUGGAGAGUGUGCGAUCCACAAAGACCUCCAAGUGAAAUGUGGACAACAAAGAGUGUCUCCGGCUUCCUGCGCCAAUUAUGGAUGCUGCUACAAUUCUACAGAUGCAACGUGCUACUAUAGACUCAAUUCCUGUUCUCUGGAUGGACAUUUUGUGUUUGCUGUGGAAGCCACCGCGAUGGACCUGCCCAUGCGCCCAAGAAGACUCCGAGUCAAGAAUCAGCCACAAUGCAUCCCAGUGAUCGCCACCCCACACGUUUCCAUCUUUAAGAUUCACGUCAUGGAUUGUGGGGUUAAAGCAAAGGUCAACGGAGAUGUUGUCGUCUAUGAGUUGGAGGUGGAGGAGCUGCCCGAGCCUAGGAGGACAAACCAAUCAUCAUUCAAUCUCCAAGUUGACUGUGAAUAUGAAGCAUCGGCGGCAAAGCGUGCAGUGUAUCUGCAUUCCUUCAACAAGGUGACCAACCCGCCACCUGUGGUUGGUCUGGGAACCAUCAACGUGCAGAUGAGAAUUGCCACAGAUGCAUCCUUCACAUGUUUCAUUCCCGAGGACCAGCUUCCACUGACGUUGCCACUGCGUGAAACCAUCUCCGUGGAAAUCUCUAUUGCGCAACCGACGCCAGACAGCACACUGUCCCUGCAUGUAAGGGAUUGCUUCGCCUACCCGGCAUCUCGACACUCUGUGUGGACGCUUCUUUAUGAUGGAUGUCCUAACCACCUGGAUGACUCCAGAGGUUCAGUCCCUGUGGACAACCAGGGUAAAACGCAUUCUCGUUCCCAAGUCCGAAGAUUUGACGUCAAGACUUUUGCCUUCUUUAAAAAAGGCCAGCUGAGUGUUGAAGAAAUAUACUUCUAUUGUUGGGUGGAAAUUUGCACACAGGAUGUGGACUGUACACAACGCUGUGCCAUCAUUUCAUCUGAAGGUGAGAGACUCAGAAGAGAGGCUUCAUCUGAAAUGCAUCCCACCCAGCUGGUCUCUUUGGGCCCUUUGCUACUGCGUCAGAAUAGCACGAAAAUUAAGAGUGGUCCGUGUGUUCAGCAGAACAGUGUGUAUACUGACACGGUAUUUGUUCUUGCUGGCAUGGGGGCGAUGACAACGCUGCUGCUGGCGGUGGUGGUGAUAUCGUGUCUAAGCAACAGGAAGUGUCCCAAACAAAGGGCAACACAAGUUUCUGAUGCUCAGGUUGAAGAUGUGAUCUCAUAAUAAAUAUUUCACGUAGCCC